GGGGGUAUUGACAGGAAGGUUGGAUAUACCUUGAUAAAUACUUGCACUAUAAGGAGAAGACAGGUGAAAAUCUCCCCAGAAUUAACAUGAUUUAUACGCCUAUUUAACCAAGAAUCAAGCACAGAGGACUUCAAUACGUCUCAAGUGAAAUAAAAUGCCGUGUGGCGGACUGAAAGACCGUGUCUUGAGUUUUCUCGGUCGAAGUCACCAACACGCGGACGAAUGGCGUACUGUGUAUGCACAUAAUCGUUACCCUAGUAACGAUCCUGAUAUAGAAAUCAAACAGAAGCAUUAUGCAGAUAAUAAAAUAAUAACAUCCAAGUAUACAUUAUGGAAUUUUGUGCCAAAGAAUCUUUUUGAACAGUUUCGUCGGAUAGCUAAUUUUUACUUUCUUUGCAUUGGUGCUGUACAGUUAUUAAUUGACAGUCCUGUCAGUCCGGUCACCAGUAUACUACCCCUUGUGUUUGUCAUUACAGUCACUGCCAUUAAGCAGGGAUAUGAAGAUUACCAGCGGCAUAAAGUAGACAACGAAGUAAAUAAAAGACCAUGUGAAGUGGUCAUCAAUGGGAAAAUAGAUGAAGUAGAAUCACAGAAUAUAAGGGUUGGUGAUAUUGUAAGAGUCAAGGAUGAUGAAGAAUUCCCCUGCGACAUGGUGGUUCUGUCAUCUGAAGACCCUGAUGGAGUAUGCCAUAUCACUACAGCCAAUUUAGAUGGAGAAACUAACCUUAAGGUACGAUCUUCAGUAACCACAACAGCUAGCAUGAGGUCUCCCCAACAACUUGAUGACCUAUCAGCAACCAUAGAAUGCCAACACCCUCAUGUUGAUCUAUACGGUUAUUCUGGUCGAAUAAUAAUUAAUCUUAACAAUGGACAAGAGCCUGAAGUGAAAUCAUUAGGUCCCCAAAAUCUUCUGCUCAGAGGAGCUAGGCUCAAAAACUCUGAUCAUGUCUAUGGUAUUGCUGUUUACACUGGUAAAGAAACAAAGAUGGCUCUCAAUCAAGAAGAGGCACCGCAUAAAUUCUCUACUGUUGAGAAGACAAUGAAUUGGUUCUUGGUAGUAUUUCUAAUUGUAUUAGUCCUACAAGGGAUGCUUUGUACUGGUCUCAAGUAUUGGAAACAGAGCACUACUUCUGGUUCAGCACCCUACGUUGGACCUGCUGAUGCUGUCAGUUUCAAAAAAGUUGUUGAAGAGUUCCUAGUGUUCCUAAUUCUUUACAAUUACGUCAUUCCUAUUUCCCUCUAUGUUACAGUAGAAUUACAGAAAUUUAUAGGAGCUUUGUUCUUCGUCUGGGAUGCAAAAAUGUACAACCCAGAAACAGAUGAACCAGCUAUAGCCAACACAUCAGACUUGAACGAAGAGUUGGGACAGAUCGAGUACAUCUUCACAGACAAGACAGGCACCUUAACUGAAAAUAACAUGCAGUUCAAGGAGUGUUCUAUUAACGGAAAACUAUAUGUGGAAAAAGACAUGCAGCUGUUUGUUGAUGGUGAAGACACACAACUUCAUGUUCGGAAUUGUACUGAAGACGUCAAGAGCUUCUACAUCGCGCUAUCUCUGUGUCAUACCGUACAAGCAGCUCUUGAAAAGAACACCCAGUCGUUUUACAAGUACCAUUAUCAGAAUUCGCCAAUCAGAUACAAGUUUGGUAUAGUUUUCAGGGGGAAAAACGGCGAUGAUAUGGAGCUAGAAAUACAAGGGAGCAUUCAUAGAUAUACACUUCUUCACGUACUUGAGUUUGAUUCAACGCGCAAAAGAAUGAGUGUCAUCGUGAAGACCACUGAAGGUAAAUAUUUGUUACUGACAAAGGGAGCAGAGACAGCGGUACUUGAUCGUCUGAGAAGUGGUCCCCAGGACACUACACAGGAUCAUGUAGAUGCAUAUGCAGAGAAAGGUUUACGUACCCUCGCUGUGGCCCAGCGAGAAUUCACCGAAGAUGAAUAUCGGGAUGCUGAUGCUAAGCUGACUAAAGCCCAGCAGGCAAUCAACGACAGAGAGGAACAGCUUGCAAUAGUGUACGAUGAUGUAGAAAAAGACCUGCACUUGCUUGGUGCAACAGCAGUCGAAGACAAACUUCAAGACGGAGUUCCACAGACGAUAGAAGCCAUGAGAGAAGCUGGAAUCAAAGUGUGGGUACUAACGGGAGACAAGCAAGAAACAGCUGUGAAUAUCAGUCACUCUUGCGGACAUUUCAAGCACGGAAUGGAGCUGAUGUUCCUAGUCAAGAAAAACUCACCAGAAGAGUGUGAACAACGAUUGAUACUCUUCAAUAACGAGGUUCAAAAUAAGCCUAAAGAUAAAAUCUAUGGUUUAAUAGUUGACGGUCGUACUCUUACUCAUGUGUUUAAUGGACACACAGAACUGUUCAAAGACGUAUGCCGUAAAUGUGUAGCUGUGCUAUGUUGUCGAAUGUCUCCGCUUCAAAAGGCCCAGGUAGUGCAGAUGAUGAAGACAUCUAAAGAGAAGCCUGUGACACUAGCUAUAGGAGAUGGUGCUAAUGACUGUGGUAUGAUCCAAGAAGCACAUGUUGGUAUAGGUGUGAUGGGGAAGGAAGGAAGACAAGCUGUCAUGACCAGUGACUAUGCUAUCUCAAGGUUCAAGUUCUUAUGGCGAGUCUUACUUGUACAUGGACAUUAUUAUUACAUUCGCUCUUCUAUCUUGGUCCAGUACUUUUUCUACAAGAAUGUGUGCUUUAUCACACCUCAAUUUCUCUACGCUUUCUUCAAUGCAUUCUCAGGACAGCCAUUAUAUCAUGGAUUCUUCUUAACGUGUUACAACAUUUUCUUCACAUCGGUGCCCAUUCUAGUCUAUGGUGUGUUUGAACAACAUUUGAAUAGUGAAACAUUACAAGGCAAUCCGCAUCUUUACAAGGAUAUAGCAAAUAACCGUCGCUUGUCAUGGAAGCAGUUUAUAUACUGGAUUGCUUCAGGAUAUUGGCACGCCCUCGUGUUUUUCUUUGGUGGAUAUUUGAUGUUCCAGGGCGAUCUCCUUGGUUCAAUGAAUGUCGGUGUCUGGUCUUUCGGAACGUUCGUAUUUACCGUCUGUGUAAUUGUCAGUAAUCUCAAGUUGGCGUUAGUAACGCAUUACUGGACGUGGCUUACACACCUUGGUAUCUGGGGCUCUAUUCUUACUUUCGUCGUGUUUGCUGCCGUCUUCAAUAGUAAUAUGUGGAUUGGUUUCCAAACCACGUUCUCUUCUGAUGGCGUGUCAUCAGACAUGUUCCGUGUAUUCUUCACCUUGUUCAGCCAAGGCAUCAACUGGUUAGGGAUAUUAGUACUAAUACCUAUAUCCUUAUUACCUGAUAUGAUGGGAAUGCUCUUCACCAGGCACUUUUAUCCAACUGAGACUCAAAAAGCACAGGAUGUAGUCGUGGAUAGGUUAAGAUGUAUUCCUGGAACAUCUAGGAAAAUCAAGAUGGAGUCUAGAGUCCAUCCCAAGAAGAACUCUGUAAACCAUCGAAAAAGCGACACGGAGCACAGCAACCGCACCGUUGAUUCCAUGAUGUUGAUGGAUUACAAUGAAAGCAUGGGGAGCACGGUAGCACUUACCACAAAACAAGUAUAAAACAAGGCCCGUAUGACUGUGAGAAAUAACCAUUACGAUCAGCGUGCCGUGCCUUGACUGUGACGGUAACAACUCCCAAAGUUUUGAUUGGCUGAGAAUUGAUCUCGCGCCCUGUGAUUGGUUUAAAGGAUGGCGUUAUUUACUUACCGUGACAGUGUGGCGUGACCGUUCACAUUCAUACGCRUGCACCUUGCGCAAUACAAUUUUCUAUGUUUGCGCAAUUCAAAUUACAAAUAAUCACAAUUGAAAUACGCAAAUAUGCAACUGAGGAGUUUUACCUUGAAUUGCCAAACGGAAGUAAAACAUAUCAAAGUUAAUUUUGAUGGCUUUUUACUUCCGGUAAAAUAAUCACGUGACUUGAUUCGGCCUUAGACGUCGGAAGUAAACUUUAGGAAUAAUAAUAAUAUCUAGAUAAAAUCUAGUAAAACUACAUCACAAUGACGAUACGAAGUUCUCAGAAGUACUUGACCAGCACUGGCGCUACUUACCCCUCCCCUUUGUAAAUGACAUCCGUUGGUGGGGGGGGGGGGGGUAAGCAGUUUCUGUGCAUUGGUUAAUUUGGUUUCUUUCUUGGCUUCUGAAACUUGGUAGAGCUAAAUUUCAAAUCAAUUGGUUCAUCUUUUAUCUGAACAUAAUAUUUUCACACAUAAUAUUAUUCUGAAUCCAAAGACGCGGGAAGAUAAGAAUGGAAGUGAAGCUUGACUCUCUUAACCGCAGAAUACCAUGAAGAAAAAAAUGCCAAAAAUCACAGAAUUUAGUAGGUUUUGGGAUUCAAGUUUCACUUUCGUUCUUAGUUUCUUUGACCAAAAGUAAUUUAUAGCACAACAGUUAAUGGGUGCCUGGUUGAAAACCACACCUCUGCCUCGUUUUUAGGUGCUUAGAACCACAAGAUGAUGGAGUAGGACUGGGGUAACUAAGAAGCACUAGAUUACGACACAGUCAAGUGUUGUGCGAAAAGGUUCUUAUCAACGCCCUUUCUCUUCUAAAAAAAAACUCCAUC